GAAACCGGCAACCCGGACAGCGCGGUCGGGUUUUGGGGGCAGCCGGCGGGAGCGUUCGGCAACUCCCUGAAGCUGAGGCACAGCGGAGCGUGGCCGCAGAGAAGAGCAACUUAAACUUUGCGGGCUCUGCCGGGGGUCGGCGGCCGGACGCCAGCAGCUGUAAGAAGUAGACCGAUCACGUGACUUCCUGCAGCGCGAGCCAUGGCACUACCAUUCCGGAAGGACUUAGGGGAGUAUAAGGACCUGGAUGAAGAUGAGCUCCUUGGCAAUCUGUCAGAAACAGAGCUGAAACAGCUUGAAACUGUCCUGGAUGAUCUCGACCCCGAGAAUGCCCUUCUGCCUGCAGGGUUUCGGCAAAAGAACCAGACAUCAAAGUCUGCCACAGGGCCCUUCGAUAGAGAACGUCUCCUUUCUUAUCUAGAGAAGGAAGCAUUGGAGCAUAAAGACCGGGAAGACUAUGUGCCCUACACUGGAGAGAAGAAAGGGAAAAUUUUUAUCCCCAAACAGAAACCUGCACAGACUUUUACAGAAGAUAACAUAUCCCUUGACCCAGAGUUAGAAGAAGCUUUGACAAGUGCCUCUGAUACGGAGCUGUGUGACCUUGCAGCUAUCCUUGGGAUGCACAAUCUGAUCACAAACACUCAGUUCUGUGAUGUGGUGGGAAGCAGUAAUGGUGUCGACCAAGAACAUUUUUCAAAUGUGGUAAAAGGGGAAAAGAUUCUUCCAGUGUUUGAUGAGCCACCAAAUCCAACCAAUGUUGAAGAGAGUUUAAAGAGAAUUAAGGAAAAUGAUGCCCGUCUUGUUGAAGUUAAUUUGAAUAAUAUUAAAAAUAUCCCAAUUCCAACUCUAAAAGAUUUUGCAAAGACUUUGGAAACCAACACACAUGUGAAACAUUUUAGUCUUGCGGCCACCAGGAGCAAUGACCCCGUGGCUGUUGCAUUUGCAGACAUGCUGAAAGUGAACAAAACUUUGAAGAGUUUAAAUAUGGAGUCCAACUUCAUCACAGGCACUGGGGUGUUAGCACUGAUCGAUGCUUUGAGAGACAAUGAGACCCUGACAGAGCUGAAGAUUGACAAUCAGUGCGCAAGAGGCGAAUUGAAGGAGACCACCAGUAAGAAUGCCGAGGUAACCUUGGAAGCCUGCAGAUCACCAGAGGCUCCUGUUGGGACAGCAGAUGUAAAAACUUCCUGGGUAGAAGGGAAAAGACUGGAAAUCUUUUUUUAACUAUAUGCAUUAUUUUCCUAGCUUAAGGUAUUAUAUUUGAUUUGUAAAAUCAGUGAUGGGUAGUAUUAUAUUUGUAGUCUUUCUACUGAAAUCAUUUUUAUUUAGCUUAAUUGAAUGGCUUAUAAUUUUUAGAUAAAAAUUUAGAAGUCAUGUAUGUAAGAAUAAUUUUGAACACCUUGAGGACCAAUUUUUUAAAUCAAAAAGGGACAUUGCUGACUCAGUGUUGCUCCUUCACAUAAAGGGUAAGGCACAUGGCAGUUUCCUUUCUUAAAAAUCCAUGAAUUUGACAAGAGUUUGCUUUUUCCUUAUUAGGGAAAUAAAUUUUCAGAAUUUUAAAAGAUGGCUCAACAUCUGAUUUAUCUCCAUAAGCCAGCACAGGCCUCCAGGAGACAGACCGGUCCUCCUCUGGGAGACAGAAUGGGCCUCUGUGUUUCAGGCUUCUGGACUUGUCCACUGAGCCUCAGCUACACUGGGGUUUUUGUUUGUUUGUCUGUUUGUUUGUUAAUACUCUGUAAUACUGCCCCACUGCCUGCCUUGUUUAAAAGUGUAGUUAUAUCUAAGAUUACUACAGUAUUUCAUCUUGCUUCGGGCAUUAAAUUUUUGUAAAAGCUAAUGGUUAAAGAGCAUCAAAGUAGAGAGGUUAUUUUCUUCCCCAUAAAAGGCUCUUGGGCAAUGCUCAGUUACUUAGAGUAAAAGAAAAAAGAAAGGUGCUGUUAGAUAUAGGAGGGAGUUCAAGCCCAAGAAACUCGCAACAUGGCCAUUAAAGCUGGUGAGCACUGUCAGUUAGAAAGUAAGACGUGAGCUAGCUGUGGUGACUCGCUCCUAUAAUCCUAGCACUCGGGAGGCUGAGAAAGGAAUGGUUCCAGAUGUUCAAAGCCAGCCUGGACUACAUAGGAAAUUCCAGGUUAGCUUGGACUACAGAUGUAGGAACCCAGGUCAAGAAAAGAAAAACCUGUACUGUGUGGUAAAGCAUUCCAUACAUGAUUGCAUAGGUGCAAUGCAGCAUUGCAUACAUGGAGUUAAUCCCCACUCCACAGCGUUCCAGCCAAUCGCAAAAACUGCCGUUCUUCAGAAAUCCAACUUUAGCAGAUGCUUGCUUUCAUAUUGUACUUUUAAAAAUCCAUAUGGUUAAAAAAAAUUCCUAUAGCAUAGAUUAUCUUUAUCACCCAGGCAUUAGAGUGAGGAUUUGAGGGUAUACUGCAGACUGGGGUUGUGCGAGGCUGCACACUGAUGCCCUGUCCCAGAGCCGUUCCUACAGAGGGAGCAGCAGAGGCAUUCACAGCCACAGGCAGUAGAGGAAAAGGUCCAGUGUGAAUAAGUUGACUUUUGUUUAUACCAUUCCAGUUCUAUUCUGUAAUACGUUAUAACUGAAGAAAAUACUUCUUUAUAAGUAACUUAA